AUGCAGCGGCUCACCAGUAUCACUGAGCAGCUGAAGCGAAAGGACUGCAAGGAUGUGAUCGGACUCUUGUCCACCCUCACCAAGAAUUCGGCCGACCCAAGCAAGCAAAAGAUUGCGAACCUGUUGCGGAGAUGGAAACAGAUUGACGUGAACGUUACCGAGGCCGCGAAUGAGGCGAAGGACAACGUGAAGUUCCUCUAUACCCUGGAGCGCUUCAUCGAACCCCUGUACAGCGGGACCGCCACGACCAUCAUCGACACACUGCCGGCCCUCAUAAACAGCAUCAAGAUGAUACAUACCAUUGCCAGGUAUUACAACACAACAGAACGAAUGACCGGGCUGUUCGGGAAGAUUACGGACCAGAUGAUCGUAAACUGCAAAGACUGCAUCACGGGGAAGGACAACAUGGACGCUCUCUGGGAAAAGGACCCCCAAGAACUAGUCCGGCAGCUGGAAUCAUGCCUCAAGCUCAACGAGGCCCACCAGGAACAGUACCGUCUGACCAAGACUAAACUGCAGCAGACCCCAAGGGGGAAGCAGUUCGACUUCAGCGAGACGGAAAUAUUUGGAAAAUUCGACCUGUUCUGUCGAAGGGUGAUCAAGCUCAUUGACAUGUUCAGCACCAUCGACCAGUUUAACUCGCUCUCGGAGAACAAGGCAUUCAUCAACCAGAGCUUCGAAAAUAUCACCUCUAUCGAGCACUCCCUGAAGCUUCUGCACAAGUUUCAAUCUAUCCUGCAACGAGAGAGCCUCAAGUCGGACCUCGACUCGAAGCUCAACAUUAUUUUCCAGAACUACGGGAUGGAGCUUGAGCAAGUGCAGCAGCUGUACGAGAAGCAGAAGCACGACCCUCCGAUCUCUCGCAAUCUUCCCCCUGUGGCUGGGAACAUCACCUGGUCCAGGCAUUUGUUGAAGCGCAUCGAAGAACCUAUGAAGCAAUUCGAGAGCAACCAGAAUGUUCUCGCUGGAAAAGAUGCCAAGCGAAUCAUCAAGAUCUACAACAAAGUGGCGCGGACCUUGGUCGCGUUUGAGUACCUCUGGUACCAGGCUUGGGUUCAAAGCAUCGAGCAAGCUAAGGCGGGGCUGCAGGCGACGCUUAUCAUUCGUCAUCCGGACGAUGGCAAGCUGUACGUCAACUUCGACCAGGAGAUUCUUCAGCUCAUCAGAGAGGCCAAGAUUCUCGACCGCAUGGGGAUAGAGAUUCCCGAAUCGGCUAAGAUCGCCUUGUUCCAGGAAGUAAAGUUCAAGAGCUACUACCACGAUCUCCACUGGGCCCUAACCGAGUACGAUCGCGUUGUGACCGAGGUGCACCACGGGCUCCAAAAGCUGGACGAGUUGGUGUCCAACAUCAAUGAUAUUGUCGAGAACAGGAUUGAAAAGAACCUCAAGAUCGUUUCCAAGACUCUCCUCGUCGACCUGCCGGACGACCAGAGCUUCACUGUGCAGGAGUUCGUCGACAUGCAGCGCAAACACAUUGUGACGAGGUCACGGUUGCUCCAGGGCAAAAAUGUUGAAAUCUUGCACGCGGUGGAGGACCUGAUCAAGAUCGUCAGGGCUCAUCCCCUCUAUGACCACCUGGAGACGGUCAGCGAGGAGGAGGUUACCAAGCUCAAGAAGCACUACAAUCACUUCAUCAUGAACAUGCUCAAGAACCGAAUACAGUCCAGGACCGGCGGGACAGGGGUUUUCCUCUUCGUUCAGAAGCCUUUCUUCGAGGUCGAUGUACAGCUGGAGCCUCCGGCAAGGGCUAUCCUCGGCUGCUUCAAGCAGGUCAACGACUGGGACGCGACCAAUCCCACGGAGGGGGCUGGCAUCAUGGCGGCGGUCGGGCAGAAGGCUGUGAGGACUUUCUUCGAACGGAUUACCAAAGACAUCGAGAUCGUCAGAGUCGCACUGCUCCUUACCGGGUGCAUCCAGGGCAUCCGGAAUACGGUAAACGACUACCUCCUGUCCUUCGGCGGCUACGACUGGCUGUGGAAAGACGACAAGGACGAGGCGUACGACGACUUCAUGUCGAAGAACCCGAGUCUUGACCACUAUGAGGCGAAGCUCAAGACCUUCAGCGCCACGGAAGAUGAAAUAGGCGAGAACGACAGCAUGCACAAGACACACACCCCUUUCUUCCGGUUUUUGCCUCUUCACCCCUUCCAAUCCGCUACAUUCCCUUUGACCGGUGUUUGGGAAUGUUCGAAAUCAACAGAUAGGAUAGGUUCGAUUCAUAACAUGGGAGCACUGAGCCUCAAUACUUCUAGCUUGAAGAGCCAGCUGAAGCGGGAAUGCUCCGCUUGGAAGACCAAGUACUGCCAGAAGCUACACCGGCAGGCAAAGGACAGCCUCGAGAGCCUCACGGAGUACAUGCGGGUGACCAUGGGUAAACUGAAGAAGGAGGUGCGAGAUCUGGACGGCCUGCGUUUCAUGAUGAACAUGCUCAAAGAGGUCCGACAGAGAGAGUCUGGCAUCAACAUGGAGAUCAAUCCGAUCAUGAACAUGUAUCAGAUGCUGGAGCAUCACCUUGGCAACUCUUUCAUGGAAAAAGAGGAGAUCGACAAGAAGACCGUCAUUCGUACCAAUUGGAAGAAGCUGAUCAAGCAGGCUGAGUCCCGAGCGGACGAGCUCAGCAAGACUCAGAUAAGCUUCAAGCGAGCGCUCAUCCGCGACAUCCGCGACUUCUCCAAGGACGUUACCAAGUUCCGGGCCGACUUCGUUAGAGACGGACCGAUGGUUCAGGGUAUUCCUCCAAUGGACGCAGUGGAGAGGCUUAACCGCUUCAAGGAAGAGUCCAAGAUUCGCGAAAGGAAGCAUGAGCUCUACACAGGCAAGUGGUGGCUAGCGAGGGGAGAGGAGCUGUUCGCCCUGCCCUUGACGGAGUAUCCCGACCUGGAAAAAACCAGAAAGGAGCUGAAGCUCUCUGACCAGCUGUUCGGUCUUUACGUCGACGUGCUCGAAACACUGGGAGAGUGGAAGCAUGUGCCAUGGACUGAGGUAGUGUCGAACAUCGCCAACAUGACCGACAAGAUGGACAACUUUGCUGCCCGCUGCAAGAAAUUACCGGGCAGACUGAAGCAGUGGGAUGCCUUCACCCAGCUAAGGACCGACAUUGACGACUUCUUGACGGUUUUGCCCCUCCUACAAGAGCUAAGCAAAGACUCAAUUCAGCCUCGUCACUGGGUCGAAGUCAUGGAGGUGACCGGAUCGGAGUUCGAAGUCGGGCCGGAGUUCCGGCUCCAAACCCUGCUGGAAAUUGGAAUGGUCGACAAGAAGGAGGUGGACCUUAGCCUUGACACUAACCCUAGCCGCACCAACGCUGUGGUUGAGCAGUACAUCGAAGAGAUCACGGAGGGGGCGGAUAAGCAGCUCAAAAUCGAGGUUGGGCUCGCGGAGAUCACCGAGAAGUGGGGGGCAGAGUCGUUCGUUUUCAGCGAGUGGAAGGGGAGAGGGAUCAACGUGCUCAAGGGUACAGGCACCAUCGUCGAGGAGCUGGAAGAGGCUCAGAUGAACCUCCAAACGAUGCUCUCGAUGAGGCACGUGACGCCCUUCCGCGAGGAGGCCCAGAACGAGCUACAGGUCCUCAGCGACACGUCGGAUACUCUAGAGCGAUGGCUGAAGGUCCAGAUGAUGUGGUGUUCGUUGGAGUCUGUGUUCACUGGCGGCGACAUUGCCAAGCAGAUGCCCAUGGAGGCAAAGAAAUUCGCCAAGAUUGACAAGGAUUGGGUGAUGUACACGGAGCUGGAGAAGUGUCAAAAGAGCCUGGAGGGUUACCUGGAGCAGAAGAGGAACAAGUUCCCCCGCUUCUACUUCGUCUCCAACCCCGGGCUGUUGGUCAUCCUGUCCCAGGGCAGCGACCCCCUGAGCAUGAACGACCACUACGAGAAGGUGUUCGAUGCCAUCUCGACGAUCAUCGAGAAGAUGAACGGCCAGGGGGCCGGCGCGGAAACGAUUCCUUUCAGCGUGGCCGUCAAGGCUCAGGGUAACAUCGAGGACUGGCUCUGCGACCUCCUGUUCAAGAUGCAGCUGACUAUGAAGGAUUUGACGCGGAUCUGUGCCGCUGACGUCGCCAAUGUCGGCUCGGACAUUUCUCGGCUCCGAGGCUUUGUGGACAGCUCCUACGCGCAGUUCGCCCUUCUCGGCGUCCAGCUCAUGUGGACCACAGACGUGCAGUCGGCGCUAGAGCAGUGCCGACAAAAGAAAAACAUAAUCAAGGAGACCAACCAGAAGCAGCUCGAAGUGCUGAGGGAAAUGUCCAGCUGGUGCUUGCAGGACCUGGGCUCGUCUUCAAACCGUACCAAGGUGGAGACCCUCGUGACAAUCCACGUACACCAGAGGGACGUCAUGAACGACCUCGCAACCCUGCACAGGCACAAGCGCAUCUCAGACGCGAACGAUUUCGAAUGGCUCAAGCAGGCACGCUUCUACUGGAGACCCAAUGCCACCGACGACGUCAAUGACGACGGCGCUUGCGUGAUCGCCAUCACCGACGUCGACUUCAACUACCAGUUCGAGUACCUGGGCUCCAAGGAGCGGCUGGUGGUAACGCCGUUGACCGAUAGGGCGUACAUCACCCUUGCGCAAGCGUUGGGCAUGUACUUCGGCGGUGCCCCGGCAGGACCGGCGGGAACCGGAAAAACAGAGUCUGUCAAAGACCUCGGGCGGGCUCUCGGGAUCUUUGUGGUGGUGACAAACUGCACCGACCAGCAGAAGUACACCGACUGUGCCAAGAUAUUCAAGGGGCUGUGCCAGGGAGGGCUGUGGGGCUGCUUCGACGAGUUCAACCGCAUCCUGCUGCCUGUGCUCUCUGUAGUGGCCCAGCAGGUGUGCCUAUUCUCUCGGUUUGCCCGUACACUGGAUGUGUCGUUCUUGCUUCGCACCACGUCAUCACAUGAGUUGAUCGUCAGUGAUCUUGCUCUUGCUAUUGUUGUGGUCGAAGUUGCAGACGUUGAGUACAAUAGACGGGGAAAGAACAGCGCCAUUGGCGUGAAAACGAGUUACGGCAGUUUUCGUUGCCUGCAGGUGUUGGCGAUCCAAAAUGCCAAGAAGACUGGGAUGCAGUUCUUCCAGUUCCCCGGCGACCCUCAGAACAUCCUCCUCAAGCCCGUCUGUGGGUUCUUCAUUACCAUGAACCCCGGUUACGCUGGACGACAAGAGUUGCCUGAAAAUCUCAAGGCGUUGUUCCGUGGGGUGGCCAUGAUGGUUCCAGACUUCCAGAUCAUCAUGAAGGCAUGGGUUGUGAAGCUCUGUUCCGUUGGGUACGCGGAGUUUGAGAUUCUGUCCCAGAAAUUCUUCGUGCUGUACAACACCUGCAAGGAGCAGCUGUCCGCGCAGAAGCACUACGAUUGGGGGCUCAGGAACAUCCUCGCCGUGCUGCGGACGGCAGGGAAGACGAAGCGCGACAACCCCGACAAAGCGGAGGCAUUCCUCAUGUACCGGACUCUCCGAGACAUGAACCUCAGCAAGCUCGUCGCGCAGGAUGUCCCCCUUUUCUUGUCUCUUCUGGCAGAUCUUUUCCCGUCGACUCCCGCUCCUCCCAAGGGCGAAUACCCCGAGAUUGAGGCUGCUCUUCAGGUUGCCGUGGAAACCGAAAGGUUGGUAUACCACGCAGGCUGGGUAGCGAAGGUUAUUCAGGCGUUUCUUCGUGCCUUUCGCUGUUCCGUACCCCUUGGCGCCCUUUGCCUCGAUCCUCACAAGCUCUACGAGACCACCCUUGUGAGGCACGGUAUCAUGCUCGUGGGACCUACCGGCGGGGGUAAGACCAAGAUCUUCCGCACCCUGCGAAUGGCCCUCGACAAGACCACGGGGAUCACGCAUAAGGACAGCCGCUUUAACCCGAAGGCCAUUCGCGCUCAGGAGAUGUACGGCGAGGUGGACCCCGCCACUGGGGAGUGGAACACGGGUGUUUUCGCCGCCAUGUGGGCCAAGUACAACAAUCGACAGAACGCGUACAACACCUGGAUCAUUGCCGACGGUCCCGUCGACGCGAUCUGGAUCGAAGACCUUAACACCGUGCUCGACGACAACAAGAUCUUGACCCUCGCCAACGGAGACCGCAUGCCCAUGACCGACAAUGUGAAGGCAAUGUUCGAGGUGGAAACCUUGGUAAACGCCUCUCCAGCAACGGUGUCUCGAGCCGGCAUCAUAUUCGUGUCGGACACUGACCUGGACUGGUCACCCGUAGUGGAGGGCUGGAUCUUAAAGCGGCCCGCGGCAGAGCAACCCGUAUUCACCGAACUGUUCUCAAGGUGGAUGGGUGCGAGUGAGCCCACCAACCCCGGGCACUGUAUCGACUUCCUCAACCGCAACACAAACCAGGUCAUGACCGCUAGCCGCGUCGGGGUGACUGCGGGACUGUGCGACCUCAUCACGGGAAUGACCUCCGGGUCUGGCUGCGCCACCCUGGGACCCAACCUCGCCAUCGAGUUGGAGAAGCUCUUCGUCUACUCGCUCAUUUGGUCGGUCGGCGGAUUACUUGAAUUCGAAGACAGGGUUAAGUUCGACCAGUGGAUGCGCGCUCUGGACAUCAACCACGUCAUGCCGGACUUGGAGGAAGGCGAGACCAUUUUCGAGUACUACGUCAAUUUGGGCACCUUCGAAUGGGAGAAGUGGCGCCCCCCUCUGUGGGAGUACCCUUCGACGGAUGUGCUCGAUUUCUCGAACUUGCUCGUGCCCACGAUGGACUCGACGCGUGCCCUGUUCCUCCUGCGGAUGCUUCACAAGCAGAGGAAGGCGGUGCUCAUGGUCGGGGCAGAGGGGACUGCCAAGACGUCGACGGCACUCAUGUUCUUCACUGAGCUGGACCCUGUCAAAACCGCCGUCAAGAGGAUCAACUUUUCGAGCGCAACAACACCGUUCAUGUGCCAAAACUCCAUCGAAGUGGAGCUGGACAAGCGCGGAGGCAAGAACUUUGGUCCUCCCGGUGGCAAGAAGAUGACCAUCUUCAUGGAUGACCUGUCCAUGCCUGAGGUGAACGCGUGGGGUGACCAGCCCACCCUGGAAAUGGUGCGGCUUAUCGUGGAGUGGGGGGGCUUCUGCUUCCUGGACAAGGACAAACGAGGAGACUUCAAGGUGUGUGAGGACUUGCAGUACAUCGCCGCCAUGGGCCACCCAGGCGGCGGCAAGAACGACAUCCCCAACCGCCUCAAGAGAAACUUCUUCAUCUUCAACCUUGUGCUUCCGAGUAUCACGUCAAUCAACGACAUCUACGGACAGAUGUUGAGGGGGAGGUUCAAGGAUGGUGGCUUCGACGCAGAAGUUAUGAAGGUGGUAGGAAACCUCACCCAGGUGACCAUCAGCCUGUGGCGUACAAUGAAGGCCAAGAUGCUCCCGACACCGGCCAAGUUCCACUACCUCUUCAACAUGCGCGACCUAUCCCGAGUUUUCCAGGACAAAGAGUUCUUCGACAAGUACCUGUCUGGUCUAGUCGGAGAGGUGUUCGGCGAGGAACUCAUGGACAAGACCAAGCCGGACUUCUAUAUGGUCAACUUCCUCCGGGACGACGUCCUCGACGAGGAAGGGUCUCUUGUAGAGGAGGCGCCGAAGGUAUACGAACCUGGAGGGCUCUUGACCGACAUCCGUGACCGUGUGAAGGAGUUCAUGGGGAAGCACAACGAGGAGUUCCCGGCCAAGAAGCUUGAAUUGGUGCUGUUCGACGAUGCUCUGAGGCAUCUCCUACGGCUCAACCGUCUUAUCGAGAUGCCGAGGGGUUCGGCCCUCCUCGUCGGCGUCGGCGGGUCGGGAAAGCAGAGUCUCACCCGCCUGGCCAGCUACAUCUCGAGAGCUGUGUGCUUCCAGAUCACCUUGACGAAGACCUACAACAUCAACAGCUUCAUGGAAGACCUCCGGUUCAUGUACAAGAAUGCGGGGCAUUUGCGCAAGCCGACCGUGUUCCUGUUCACAGAGGCGGAGAUCAAGGACGAGGUUUUCCUGGAGGUGAUGAACUCCGUUCUCAUGACUGGUGAGAUCCCCGGAUUAUUCGCGAAAGACGAGAUGAUGGCCAUGACGGCCGAUCUGAGGAACUCCUUCCUGAAGGCACGGCCGGGACAAGAGGAAACAUGGGACAACAUGAAGCAAUACUUCGUGGAUUGCGUGAGAGAUAACUUGCACCUCAUCCUCUGCAUGUCUCCGCUCAACCCUAAGUUCCCUGUCAGGGCGAGGAAAUUCCCCGGUUUGAUCUCGGGCCCAACGAUCGAUUGGUUCUUGCCGUGGCCCGAGGAGGCCUUAGUCGCUGUUUCCCACGGUCUCGUGGCGGAGUUCCCCAUGGACUGCCCUGCCGAUGUCAAGUCACUCCUCAUGACGCACAUGGGUGUGGUUCACCGCAUGGUUACUGAGGUUUGCGACGAAUACUUCACCAAGAUGCGAAGGCAGGUCUACCAGACGCCCAAGUCCUACCUCUCCUUCCUGCAGCUAUAUAAGGCCAUGUACAAGGAGAAAAUUAACGAACUCAAGGAGAAAGAAAUGAGACUCAAUCUCGGGCUGCAGAAGCUCAUUCAGGGCGCCAAGGACGUCGCGGCGAUGAAGAUCGUGCUUGCCGAGGAGCAGAAGAAGCUCGAGGUGGCCACGGCAGAGACAAUGAAGAUGCUCUCCAGCCUAGAGGUGUCUUCCGCGGAGGCUCGCAAGGAGGGAGAUCAGGCAAGGUUAUUGCGGAAUGAGGUGUCUACCAUCAAAACCAAGUGCGAAGACGACGCUCGAAGAAUCGCGGCGGAAAAAGAUUCUUGUAUGAGCGAUUUGGCUAAGGCCCAGCCUUUCGUGGACCAGGCCGACAAAGCCAUCAGCUCGAUCAAGCCUGGGCACAUCCAGGAAGUCAAGAAACUGCCUAACCCUGCGGACGUGAUCAAGAUGGUGUUCGACUGCAUCCUUUUGCUGUUCCAUUCACCGACUCUUCCCGUGAAGUCGUUCAAGCUCAACAUCGCCAAGAAGGAGGUGGAGUUUUUCGAGACCUCUUUCAAGCCCUACGGCCUGUCCUGCAUGUCCAACCCGGCCUUCCUCAACAACGUCAUCGAUUUCGGCAAGUUCGGAAAGGACAAGAUCAACGAGGAGACCAUUGAGUUCCUGGUGGCCAAGAACGCAUCGGCCGCCGCGGAGGGCCUGUGUACCUGGGUAAGGGCGAUGAAAUUCUACCACGAAGCUUCAAAGAUCGUCAAGCCAAAGCUCGAGGCGCUUGCUAUCGCCGAGGGUCAAAUGGACGCCGCCAACAAGGCUUUGAACGCUGCCGAGAUGCGUCUUCAGGCGUGUACAGGGCGACUCCAAGAGCUACAGACCAUGUUCGACAACCAGAUGGCGGAGAAGAAGAGAAUCGAGGACGGAGCCAUGGCCUUGCAGCGCAAGAUGAACCAGGCGUCCACCCUCAUCGGUGGGCUGGCGGGCGAGCGCACGCGUUGGACGGAGGACAGCGAGAAGUCGGCAGACCUGAAGCGGCGUCUGGUCGGGGACUGCGCGCUCGGGUCGGCCUUCGUGUCGUACUGCGGGCCCUUCAACCAGGAGUUCCGACAGUACAUGGUCACCGACAAGUUUACCGCCGAUUUGCAGGUCCGAAAAAUCCCCGUAACUCAGAAUCUCGAUAUCAUCCCGUUCCUGGUGGACAUCGGCACCAUAGGAGACUGGAACAUCCAGGGCCUGCCCACCGACCCGUUGUCCAUUCAAAACGGUAUCCUCGUUACGAGAUCUUCUAGGUAUCCGUUGAUGAUCGACCCUCAAGGACAAGCAGUCAGUUGGAUCCGAAGCAAGGAGUCCUCCAACCUUCCUACGUUCGGAGUGGCCGCCCUGAACGACCCCAAGCUUAGGGAUAAGCUGGAAUUUACCAUGGGUGACGGGAAAGCUUUGAUAAUCUUGGGUGUCGAGCAGGACAUUGACCCCAUGCUCGACCCGGUCAUGGAGAAACAGUUCGUCGUCAAGGGGAAGAAAAUGUCGGUCAACGUGUCCGAUAAGGCCAUGGACUUCGACCCCAGGUUCAUGAUGUACUUCAUCACUCGACUUCCCAACCCCAGCUUUAGCCCUGAGCUUCAGGCAAAGGUCACCCUUGUCGACUUCACGGUUACUCAGAAGGGGCUGGAAGAGCAGCUCCUCGGCCGCGUGAUCGGUAAAGAGCAGAAGGCUCUGGAGGAGCAGCUCAGUGACGUGCUGGAAGAGGUUAAUUCCAAUACCAAGGCGCUGCUUGCCCUGGAUGCUUCUUUGCUGGAACGCUUAACUUCCAACACUGGGAACUUGCUGGAGGAUGAGGAGCUAAUCGGGGUGCUUGCGAACACGAAGGCGAAAGCGGCGGACGUGAACCAGAAGCUAGUUGCCGCGGACGAAACGAAGAAGUCCAUCAACGAAAAGCGAGAGCAGUUCCGACCCGUUGCGACGAGGGGCUCCGUGCUGUACUUCUCCGUAGUAGAGUUGUCGCUGGUCAACGUCAUGUACCAGACGUCCCUCGACCAAUUCUUGGAGAUCUUCAUGGGGUCCAUGGAUAGGGCUGAGAAGGCAUCGUUGGCAUCCAAAAGGGUGACCAACAUUAUCGAGACAAUGACCUACAUGUGCUACCGGUACAUCAACCGGGGCCUGUACGAGAAGGACAAGCUGACGUUUGUGUUGUUGGUGACCAUGAAGAUCCUCAUCACGGCGGCCCUUCUCAAGACAACGGACCUCACCAUCUUCCUCAGGGGAGGGGCCGCGCUCGAUAUCAACUCGGUGAGGAUGGAGGAUACAAUCAAGGCGGUGAGACGAAAGCCUUUCAAUUGGCUGUCCAACGAAGCUUGGCUGAACGUACUGGAGUUGUCCCAGUCGUCCAAGUUCUUCUCCAACCUACCCAAUGACAUGGCGGGCAACGAGUCCAUGUGGCGAAGGUGA